AUGCAGCUGACUCGGCAGCCUCAACUACGACAAGUUCGACAACUCCAGAAGAGGCGCGAGCACUUGGAGCAGCAAGCGCUUUCCUUGGCGCAGCAGGAGCAGAAGAUGGCCGAGGCUUCAUCUGGCAGUACAAUGCCAGCACAGGGCUACUUGAACGUGUCCCGUCCCGAAGAUCGAGUACGACCUAUGGCAUGCAUUCGAGGACGCGAUCUACAGCAUUGGAACGACACGCUGGUCUAUGUGAAGUGCGCCUUCUUCGAGAAAGCCACCGAGAGGUUGGAAGCGAAAGUUGCAGCAAAGGAGAAGGCACGGGGAACUUCAGCCAAAAGUUCAUCGACAUUGCAACCGACCGCAAAGAAGACGUCAGCUCGAGCGGUCGGGACCUCAUCGAUGACGGGAACCAGCAAGACCACAGCGACCAAGUCUCGGUCACGCCCGUUGGUCAAAGAGGAGACGCCAGACGAGUGGCUGGUGUGCAAGGAGGAGGAACAGGAGAUGGCAGCCUUCGAGGCAUUCAUUGGCGACACGGAGAUGGAGACUGGACCCCUGGACCCUCUGGUUCAGACACAUACUCAGCAUUGCAGCCUGUGUCGCCUGGGCAUGGCCAUCCUGUACAUCCACACUCCGACUCAACGUCUCUACUGGAAGUGCGAUCGGGACAACUGCUCGAUUCGAUGGGCAAAUCUGGAUGCGACCUCCGAGAUGGCAGUGGGAGUUCUUCUAUGUCCCCAUUGUCAGACGCACCAGAUGCUUCACCUGGACGCCGUCGACUCCAAGACCGGAAACUGCGACUCCAUCUCAGCCUAUGACUCCAAAGGCUAUGCCUAUGCCAUCCGCACCUUCGAGACCAUCUCCGGAGGUGUCUUCACAGAGUUCUUCAGUGGUGAUAUGACUCGGUAUGAGGAGCUGAACCGGCGCCUUGAAAAACAUCAGGACUACGAUGCCAACUUUGAGAAGCACAUUCUUAAGAAAGGUGGCAAAUUCAAGAUGCUGGAGGAAGACGAAGAUGAGGUGAUCAUUGUUCCACAGGACCAUGCGAUGGCCAUGACUGACGUGGAUGAGGUCAUCGAGACGGACUCCAAGGGUGGAGCGCGCACGGCAGUGCCAAAGGGCUUUCCGUACGUUCAUGUCGAUUUUAGCCUUGGUGGUGGUUUUGUCCACGUCGUUGACAAUGUGGUGGAUUUCCCGCGGGAAUUUGUCCAGCACGUCAUGGCAGGAAUGUACAGGGAUGCUUGCAAGGAUUUGAAGGACAGAUUCUCCAAGGAUUUCGAUUGGACAAAGGCAAAGCCGCCACAAAACCACGCCUGGCUCAACGCAGAUCCCCAGAAGCUGGGCGAUUACCUCAGCGAGGAGUAUCCAACCGCACAAACCCUGCGCUUGGAGUUUCUGAACUCCUUGCCAUUACUUGGCACCGGAGUCACCACUGCAUUGGAGGCUAUCUCCCAUGACAUACGGCUGCCAACUGACUGGCUCAAGGUGGAUCGCCUGCUGCGCGGCAUCGCGCAUUUCUGGUGGAAGCAACACGAGGAAGAGCUGAACGACCAUCGGGAAGAGGGAAACCAGCGUGCCUUCCAUGAGUCUGAAGGAGAGCUCACUGGCCUCGAACUCCAGCGCGCUCUGCUGGGGACAGACGGCCUUCACAGGCUGAUGUUUUCCACCCUGAUGCUGCACAGGUGGCUGAGUAAUGAUCGUGAAAUGACCCUGAACGAAUGGGUUCAGUUGAACAUGGGCAUCGAGGGCUGUGGAAAUGACAUCCCCCUACAUGUCCAGAUGGGGAUCUACAAUGCGGUGUCCAGCCGCCAGCUGGCCCUCCAGGUUGCGAGCAAAGCGAACCAACUCAAGCCAUCAGAACCAACUCUGCACAGUGCCGCCUUCGUUCGAUUUCAUGGGCGCCCACAGACGGAUGGAGAUCUGGCUCAUUGGCCACAGGCUUCUCCGCAUGUGCUAGCAGCAGAGGGUGGGGUGCUUGCAGCUGGAAGGAUGUCUCCACAGCCCCAUGGUGCUGACAGGCCUCACAAAAGGCCUCCCUUGACCACCUUCGCUCAACCCUUUGAUGCCGGUGGGUCGCGCUUGGAGGAGGAAAUGACCUGGCUACGGCUGCACCAAUGGUUAUUAUUUCUGGCUCCCACCGACGAAUCAGCGCCCUUUGCCUUUGUGUCCCUAAAGAAAGCAGCAUUGCUUCGUGCAGAUGUACGCGUCCUGCAGAUUGUGUUGGCUCGUCGCGUUGAGGGCGAGUGGCCCACAACCAUGGUAGAUGACGACUGGUUGGAGCCUGCGGCCCAGACACGCAUGAUGCGAUCGCAGUGA